AAGCCUAACUACCACCAGGCCAUCACGGAUCCGGGACACUGCCACAAACCAACUACCACCGCGCUCCGCUUCAUAAAAAGCGUCCCCUGCGCGCGCCACCACCACGCCGUGCGCGCUCUGUCUCGCCGACGGCCGGCCGGCAGCUAACCAGCAAGCCAUGGACGCGGCCUCCUUCCUCCCUGUGGCGCUGGCCCUGGUGGCCAUCGUCCCCAUCUCGCUCCUCCUCCUGAACCGGCUCCUCUACGGCAAACUGCCCCCGGGGCCGCGGCCGCGGCCCGUGGUGGGCAACCUGUUCGACGUGCAGCCCGUGCGGUGCCGGUGCUACCAGGAGUGGGCGCGCCGGUACGGGCCCAUCAUGACGGUGUGGUUCGGCUCGUCGCCCACCGUGGUGGUGUCGACGUCGGAGCUGGCCAAGGAGGUGCUCAAGACCCACGACCAGCAGCUCGCCGACCGCCCGCGGGACCGGUCCUCGGAGCGCUUCAGCCGCGGCGGGCAGGACCUCAUCUGGGCGGACUACGGCCCGCACUACAUCAAGGUGCGCAAGCUCUGCAACCUGGAGCUCUUCACGCCGCGCCGGCUCGAGGCGCUUAGGCCCAUCCGCGAGGACGAGGUCACCGCCAUGGUCGAGUCCGUCCACACAGCCGUCACCGCGCCUGGCAAAGAAGGGAAGCCAGUGGUGGUGCGGAACUACAUGUCGAUGGUGGCCUUCAACAAUAUCACGCGGCUGGCCUUCGGGAAACGGUUCAUGAACGCGGCCGGCGAGCUGGACGAGCAAGGACGCGAGUUCAAGACGAUCGUCACCAACGGGAUCAAGAUCGGCGCGUCCCUCUCCAUCGCGCAGUACAUCCGGUGGCUGAGGUGGCUGGCCCCGCUCGACGAGCAGCUCUUCAAAGCCCACGGCGAUCGGCGCGACCGCCUCACCGUGAAGAUCAUGGAGGAGCACGCCAGGGCCCUCAAGCAGCGCGGCGCCAAGCAGCACUUCGUCGACGCGCUCUUCACCCUCAGGGACCAGUACGACCUCAGCGACGACACCGUCAUCGGCCUCCUCUGGGACAUGAUCACCGCUGGUAUGGACACGACGGUGAUAUCGGUGGAGUGGGCGAUGGCGGAGCUGGUGAGGAACCCCAGGGUGCAGGAGAAGCUGCAGGAGGAGCUGGACCGCGUCAUCGGCCACGACCGGGUCUUGUUGGAGACGGACUUCCAGAACCUGCCUUACCUGCAGGCCGUCGUCAAGGAGUCGCUCCGGCUGCACCCGCCGACGCCGCUGAUGCUCCCACACAAGGCCAGCACCCGCGUCAAGAUCGCCGGAUACGACAUCCCAAAGGGCGCCAACGUCAUCGUGAACGUGUGGGCGGUGGCGCGCGACCCCAAGGUCUGGGACAACCCGCUCGAGUUCCGGCCGGAGCGCUUCCUCCAGGAGAACAUCGACAUCAAGGGAGCCGACUUCCGCGUGCUGCCGUUUGGUGCUGGCCGGCGGGUGUGCCCCGGCGCACAACUCGGGAUCAACCUCGUGGCGUCCAUGAUCGGGCACAUGCUGCACCACUUCAGGUGGGCGCUGCCGGACGGGACCCGGCCGGAGGACGUGGACAUGAUGGAGUCCCCCGGGCUCGUCACCUUCAUGGCCACGCCGCUGCAGGCUGUCGCCACACCGCGCCUCGACAAGGAGGAGCUGUACAGGCGGGUGCCGUCUGAGAUGUGAUCGGCCUGCGGCCUAGCGUCUGCGUUGCUGGAUUCCGACGGAUUUGGAAGCCGAUGCCGUUGCAAAUUUGUGUGUCCACUAUCUCUUUUCUGGCGUUGUAGUUAUACGAGCAUUUGUGUACUUCAGAGCUUGCACGCUGAUCAUACACUUCGUUAGGCAGGAAUUUAUAAUUUUGGCAUCAAGAAAUCCGCUUAUACAA